UUUCCCUUAACAAUCAUGGACGCAAUCUCUUAUUCUACUUCCGGUCCCACCUUUUUUCCGGUAGUCGCUGUCCGUGACGUACGAUUCUCGCGACUCUAGCCCCGCCGGCGCAUCAUCACCAGGUACAGCAGAAACAUGGCGGAUAUGGCAGAGGGUAGCAUAGAUGACCAGAUUGAAUACACUGCCGCGCAGGCUCACGAUGAUGGUGAGAUCUCCUCUACAGCUGCGAGACUGGCCCAGAUGGCUGGCAUGCCCCUCUCCAAUCUACAAGCACCCCCACCGCCUACCAUGGGGAUGGGCUUUCCACUUGGCCUGAACACAGAAGGCAAUAAACCACCACAAAAUGAUGGACGUCCUAUGGCAUCACUCAUUGAACAAGAUUCCUCCACCAUAAGGUCCCUUCUUCUUCCCAGAGGCAACCUUCCGAUUGCUACUGCUAUCCCUCCACCCUCCAUCGCCCGGCAACGUCUUCUCAAUCAGCUAUCGGGAGAUGAUUCCAGAGAGAUGGAGGACUCCUCCAUGGGUCCAAAGAUUCCCCAAGUUCUUGAGAAAAUUCUCCAGCUUAAGGAGAUCAGACAAGAAGAGAUGAUUGUGUCAGUGGCUACAGAAGAAGAAGAUUAUGAUAAUGAUCCUCGGCAGGCUUACACAGCAUCCGAGACAGAAGAGGAGACCACUGGACAAAAGAAGGAGAAAAGUCGCAGGAGAAGAAACCGUAAGAAAAGAACACGCAGAAGAGCAGCUACCACCAUUGUGGUGGUAGAUGAACUGAAUGAGGCAGCAGAGGCUGACACAAUAGCAGGGAAAGUGGAAAUAGAAUAUGUGACAGAGGAGCCAGACAUCUAUGAUCCUAACUUCAUUUUCUUCAAAAGGAUCUUUCAGGCAUUUAAGCUGACAGAUGAUGUAAAACGAGAAAAAGAAAAAGAGCCAGAAAAAGUGGAGAAAGUGGAGCCUGUUGUUCCCAGGAAACGUUUCGAGGAAGAGCAAAUGGAUAGUGAUAGCGACAGCGAUGAUGAGGACAAAAGGAAUGAUGCACCUAAACUGUCUAAGAAAAAGUUGAGGAGAAUGAAUAGGUUCACUGUGGCAGAACUGAAACAGCUGGUAUCACGUCCAGAUGUGGUGGAGAUGCAUGAUGUCACUGCUCAAGACCCCAAACUUCUUGUACACUUGAAAGGGACCAGGAAUUCUGUUCCUGUUCCCCGUCACUGGUGCUUCAAACGCAAAUACCUACAGGGCAAGAGAGGAAUUGAAAAACCACCCUUCCAACUGCCUGACUUUAUUAAAAGGACAGGCAUUCAGGAAAUGAGGGAAGCACUUCAAGAAAAGGAGGAGCAAAAGACAAUGAAGUCCAAAAUGAGAGAGAAGGUCCGACCGAAGAUGGGAAAAAUUGACAUAGACUAUCAGAAGCUCCAUGAUGCAUUCUUCAAAUGGCAAAGCAAGCCAAAAUUGACCAUCCAUGGAGACCUGUACUAUGAGGGAAAAGAGUUUGAAACCCGUUUGAAGGAGAAGAAGCCAGGCGACUUAUCUGAUGAGUUGAGGAUAACUCUGGGAAUGCCUGUGGGACUGAACUCUCAUAAAGUGCCCCCUCCCUGGCUUAUUGCAAUGCAGAGAUAUGGGCCACCCCCUUCAUAUCCCAAUCUUAAAAUCCCUGGUCUGAAUUCUCCAAUUCCUGAGGGCUGUUCGUUUGGAUACCAUGCAGGUGGCUGGGGAAAGCCACCAGUAGAUGAAAUGGGAAAACCCCUUUAUGGAGAUGUUUUUGGGACAAAUGCAUCUGAUUUUCAGAGUAAGAAUGAAGAAGAAGAUAUAGACAGGACUCCUUGGGGAGAGCUGGAACUUUCUGAUGAUGAAUCAUCCUCCGAGGAAGAAGAUGAAGAGAGUGAUGAAGAUAAACCAGAUGAGACUGGAUUCAUUACACCUGCUGAUAGUGGUCUAAUUACUCCAGGAGGGUUUUCCUCUGUUCCUGCUGGCAUGGAAACACCAGAACUUAUUGAGUUGCGAAAGAAGAAGAAUGAAGAAGCCAUGGAUGGUACAGAGACACCACUGCUCUUUACCGUGCUUCCAGAGAAGAGGACAGCUACUGUUGGUGGUGCCAUAAUGGGAUCCACUCACAUCUAUGAGAUGUCCACGGCCCUUUCCCGUAGAGGUGCACCCACAGAGCCACAAGGUGUAGAGGUAGCACUGGCACCAGAAGAGCUUGAAAUGGAUCCAUCUGCAAUGACACAGAAAUAUGAAGAACGAGUCCGGGAAGCUCAGGAGCAAGUACAAAAAGAGGACUUCAGUGACAUGGUGGCUGAACACGCAGCCAAGCAAAAGCAAAAGAAAAGGAAGGGACAACCGCAAGACUCUCGUUCAGGAGGCAAAAAAUACAAGGAGUUCAAGUUCUGAGUACACUCAAUUUCCUCUUUGUUUUCAUUCCUUGUCGAUCACUUAUGUUUUUUUUUGUUUGUUUGUUUUUUUCGUUUUGUAAUAAAGCCUGUUUAUCUGUCUUAUAA